UUGAAAAAAAUUCCAAUCAAAGCUAAGAUAUAGCCUGAAUUUACCUACAAAUAUCAGACAUUCCUUGAUAAUCAAGCAUUUAUUCUUAUUUGACGGCGUAGAAUAGUACGUUUUCAUUUAAUUAAAUCUUCUUUGAGCCGUUCAAUAGAUUUUUCUGCAGGUGUACGACUUUAACAAUCUUUUUAUUCGUCUUUGUGGCACAUCAAUCAUCAAAUCUUACUGUUUUAAGUCAUACAAUGAAUUUUUCCACUGUAGAGAUCGUACGCAGUCAAAUCCAAUUGCUCAGAGGAAUAAAUUUGUGUGCACUCUGAAAACCUCGAGAUCGAGGUACUUUUUCACCGUUCUUUUAAAGGUGUUCAUUUCUUUGAUUAAUCGAUCUUUUUCCCUCACGGUCUGAUUUUAAAGGCUUCCUCCGAAUCAUGGGUCUGUGCUUGGCGAGGCCGAGAAAUGAUUGUGCACCAGUUUUUCCAAAUGAAUUACACAAUGAGUUUCAUGGAGGAGGAUUUAUUACGAGAAAUUUGGAUGAGUUUCAUGGAGGAUUUAGUACGAAAAGUUUGGAUGAGUUUGCUGUUCUUGAGGAAUCCAUGGAUGACUGUUCCAGUGCCAAGAUUAAAAUAGGCAAGGAUAAGUUGAGCAGUCCUGAGAAAUUUCAGUUCAACUCAGACAAUACUGCCGGUCAAAAAAGCCCUAAAAACCGCAAGAAACUGAAAACAAGAAGUAAGAACAGCAAUUCUUGUUCUGCUGAUUUGAUCUUGGAUUUUACUCUAGAUAUAGAUAUGCCUAAGAAGGUUAGCAGGUCUUGUUCAGAGAAGAAAAUUUUAAGACACGGAUCUUUGAACAAUUGUACAGAGAUGAAUCCCAUCUCUGUAGACUGUGAGAAUGCAAAGGGAGAAACAGGGGAAGAAGACGCUGAUUUUGAUGAAAUUUUAUUUGGGCAUAAAACAGCGGAAAUUCUUGAUUUCUUCCGGGAGCAUUCAAGCAAUACAACAGCUGACUCUCCACAUUCAAGACCCAAAUUGCAGAUUUACAGUAUAUUGGAUAUGAAGAAGCUUAAAUCUAUAAGGUUGUCUCAGUUCAGCAAGUCCAGCAGAUUUGGCAGUAGCAAUUCUGAGACAGAAAGCCCUCGUAGCAAACUGAUUGGACUGCUGAUGAAAAAUCUGAGUUCUAGGUCGAAGUCAAAAUGUAGUGCAGACAAGAACAUGGGUGAUAUGAAGUCUGCAUGUGAGUGCAAUGAUAAGAGUGUGAGGCAGAAGGAAUUGGUUCAAGAACAUAAGAAACAUAAGCCUGGGAGAAGGCCAUGCUUGCUUUCAAUGUUUAAUGUUGAUAGAUCUUUCACUGUUGAAGGAAAUACUGAAACCUUAAUUUUUGCAGACCAUGACAAGACCACAACUGGGGUUCUUAAUAACUUAAUGGGUGGAAGCAGGGUGGAUAUUAGAAUCCCAGUAAAGACAUUGAGUAAUGAGUUUGUUAUGUUUAAUUUCUGCCCUAAUGAAGGAGGUGCUGAUUCAACAAAGCUACAUGAAACCACUGCAUCUGCAGUUGCAGGAGUGAAUGAUGUGGGAUUCCGGUCGAUGCACCAACUGCAAGGUGUGUGUAGGCUUUCAAGGUUGUCUUUGACAGAGGAGGAGGCUGCUUUUGGUUCUCCAUUUUCCAUUGGUAGAGGGAGAAGAUCAAAAGGAUCAGAGUUUCCCGAGGAUCUAAUACUAGGGCGACUGUCAGCUGAUGCAUUCAGUGAUUCAAGCUCUGAUCUUUUUGAAUUAGAAUUCCUUGGCCAUCAAAUGGGUUUUUGACACAGAUUUUAGCAGUUGAGAAUUUCUGUCUGCAGGCCCAGAGCAGAAGAAAAGGGGCAAAUGUGCAGACAGUUUUUGCCUUGAAGUUGUUUAUACUUUAUAGUCUGUCUGAAUGGCGAGUGGAAAUUUGCAUUACUAUAACUAUGUUUUAAGCACAAAUUUCAUCGAAAGAUGGAAUUAUUAUAAUCAUAAUAUGUAGCUGAAAUGUGCAUAUUUUAUUACCCAUUACUUCAGCAAUUUUGUAUCCAUCGAUUGCACACUGUAACUCCACUUUCUCAUUCAAAUCUCAUGCGCUAAAGUACUAAUGUAUUACUUGAUGCAAGAUGUAGUAGCUAUUUUGGUUUUGAG